AUGGAGGCAGGCAAGACCACAUCCGUGUGGAAUCUGAGCGUCUUCUUUAUAUAUUUUAGAUUUGGGAUCAUGGAACUUUCCUUAAAAGUCUUGUCAAAAGAAGAACUGAAACCAGAACAAUUUCCCAAGGUUCUUCAGAGAAAUGACUCCCAGCGGGUCACUGAUAGAACCUAUUUCGUUGAUGGUUCCAACCAGGGUCUGAAAACCAUCCCGUCAGAGAUUUUGGCAUUGAAAGAAUUAGAAGAACUGCAUCUGGAGAACAACCAGAUUUCAGAAAUCCCCCAGGACAUUCAGAAUUUAAAGAAUGUCAAGGUCCUCUACCUACACAAGAACAAACUGCAGUGUCUAAGCCCGGAGCUGGGGUUUCUGAGCAGCCUGGAGUCGCUGGACCUGAGUGGCAACCCGCUGCUCUACUCCUCCCUGCGGGUACUCAGUUGUCUCCGCACGCUUCGGGAGCUGCGGCUCUACCAAACCGGCCUGAGAGAGGUUCCCUCGGUGAUCUGCAAAUCGCUGCACCACCUGGAGCUGUUAGGGCUGUCGGGGAACAACCUGGAAUCGCUGCCCAAGGAAAUCGUGAACCAGAGCAAGCUCAAGGAGAUCUACCUGAAACACAAUCAGUUCUCGGCUUUCCCUAGCGACCUCUGUGCCCUUUCCAACCUGGAGGUGAUCGAUCUGGACCACAACAAGCUUAAGGCCAUCCCGGAUGAAAUCGGGAACCUGGUGAGGCUGCAGAAAUUCUACUUGGCGUCUAACAACCUGCCUCUUCUACCGGAGUCUCUGAGCCGGUGCACCAUGCUGUCGGUGCUGGAUUUGACUCAAAACCUCCUCCACUCUCUCCCGCCCAGCCUGGAGCUGCUCACCGAGCUCACUGAAGUCGGGCUGAGUGGGAACCGCCUGGAGAAGGUGCCCCGCCUCCUGUGCCGCUGGUUGGCGCUGAACCUGCUCUACCUGCGCAACACGGGCCUGCGCGGACUGCGGCGCUCCUUCAAGCGCCUGGUCAACCUGCGCUUCCUGGAUCUCAGUCAGAACCACAUUGACCACUUCCCCGCGCAGAUCUGCGCGCUCAGGAACCUGGAGAUCCUGGCGCUGGACGAUAACAAAGUGACACAGUUACCAUCGACCAUGAGCUCCCUUGCAAAACUGAAGAUACUUGGACUCACAGGGAAUGACUUUUCAUCCUUCCCAGAGGAAAUCUUUCCCUUAGUGUCUCUGGAGAAAUUAUACAUCGGACAAGACCAGGGAUCCAAGUUUACCUACCUGCCGGAAAACAUCAAGAAAUUGCAGAAGCUUAAAGAGCUAUAUAUAGAAAACAAUCAACUGGAGCAGCUGCCUGCAUCCUUGGGGUUAAUGCCAAACCUGGAAGUUCUUGAUUGUCGGCAUAAUCUUCUCAAGCAACUCCCAGACGCCAUUUGCCAUGCGCAAGGUUUGAGAGAGCUGCUGCUGGAGGACAACUUACUCACCCGCCUUCCGGAGGACCUGGACCACCUGGUGAACCUCAAGGUCCUAACGCUGAUGAACAACCCCAUGGAAGACCCCCCAAUGGCAGUGUGUGCCCAAGGCAAUGAUGCCAUAUGGAACUGCCUGAAGGAAAACAGACUUAGGAAAAUAAUGGCCACGAAGGUUCAGGCAUGGUGGCGUGGAAACAUGGUGCGGAAAGGAUAUGGGGCUUUUGAAGAGCUACUGAGAGCCCGAAGAAAAGGGAAAAACUCUCCAAAAGAUAAGAAAGGGAAAAAGGCUGCUGCCAAAGUAAAACCCGCAAAAAGGAAAUAAAAAAUAACUGUGGAAAUGAAUGAAUGAAGGUGAAGAUUGUUAACAGAGCGGGAAGGCCGCGUGUCUAGAGCCCAGACACAGCCGCAGGAAAAUUAUCCACCAACUUAAGGUUAUCUGCAAUAAUGAAAGAUUCUUAAUUUUGCUGAAAUGUGUAUGGGAAGCAUGACAUAACGCCUGGUAAGUGCUUCAAGAUAGCUUACUAGAGGAGAAAGAGGACAUGGGUUCAGAUGAAGCCAGACAGGGCCAGCUGUUAGCGACAACCACGGAAGUAGGUGAUGAGCAUGUGGGGCCUUGCAUUCUUCUGUCUACUUAAAAGCAUUUGGGGAAGUCAGGUAUUUACAAGAAGUUCCAGGGAAACAUACAACAGAUCCAAGAACCUUUCACAGAGAGUACACAAUGCUAGGGUAAAUAAGGCAGAACACUGAUGUUGGUUCAGCCAACAGCACUUACUCAGAUUCCAGCAGUUACAUGUGCACGUGUGUACAUUGUGUAGCUCAAUGCAAUUGUGUCACACACAGCUUUGUACAAACACCGCUGUAGUCAGACACGCUGCUCUUCAUAAGUCUCCACUGUGACAUCCGUUUGCUGUUACACUGCCACUUCCCACCAAAUCCUAACUCACCCUCCAUUUCCCUCCAAAUGAUAUCUACCUGCAAUUUCCCUAAAACUUCUCAUUGUAUUUAUUUACUCUGCGUGCGUGUGUGUGAAGGCGAAGGCGUAAGUCACAA